UCCGCUGCUCCGCCGGAGCACUAAAACCCCGCCUGCGCAUGCGCCAUCGGCGAACGCUUACUAUCCACCACACCAAACCCUCGCCUCUAUAAAUAAGUCAAGAUCCCAGUCGACCCGAUCUCGACACCCCCAUCACUUCUCGAUCUCAAUCUCCCUCUCUCCCUCCCUCGCCUCCCCCUUUUCGAAAUUAGGGUUUAUUGAGGUUGCUGCUCUUGCGUUUAAUAGGUUCUUUUUCGGAACUCAAGCUGCAGAGAUCCAUGGAAGAACCUGCUCGUUACCCCACCGGCCAUCGGCGAGUUCCUCACCAGCUUCAUCAAUUCUUCGCGGUGGCUUUUGGUUCAAAUGCUACUGAAGUGUAGGGUUUUUUGACGGAUACAUCUUGGUACUUGCUUCUCAGACCGAACGCGCUUGUUUUCUUGUUAUACCGUAACCACAACCUUUGCAGCGGCAGUGGAUGGACAGAGAGUAGUAUAGAUUGGCAAAGUCCCUAAUUUGGCGCCAAUAAUAUGAUCCGGUGAACAUGAGCGAUGGAGGUAGGGAGAGUGGAAGGAAUCAACGGACAACCUCGAAGAAGAGCCGGCUGUCGUCGCGAGGUGAUGAGUUCAGUCACGCCGUCGCCAAGAUCGCCGUCGGCCAGAUUUGCGAGUCGGUUGGGUUUCACGGUUCCAAUCGUACUGCAAUUAAUGCUAUGGCGGAUAUCAUGGUCCGAUACAUCUGUGAUCUAGGCAAAAGUGCUAAUUUUUAUGCUAAUUUAGCUGGAAGAACUAGUUGCAAUGUGUUUGACAUCAUCCAGGGGCUUGAGGAUUUGAGUUUGUCAAGGGGCUUUUCUGGGGCAUCUGAUGUUCACCGUUGUCUGGUGGGUUCAGGUGUUGUUCGAGAGAUCACCCAGUUUGUUACAACAGAGGAAGUCCCAUUUGCACAGCCCAUUUCCGGAUACCCUGUUUGUACAACACCUAAGCCGACACCUAGCUUUGCUCAGGUUGGAGAGACAUCAAGCGGAAAGCACAUACCUGAUUGGGUUCCGAGUCUUCCUGAUCCUCGUGCCUAUGUCCGCAUGGAAGAGUGGAACAAAGGGGUAACUGACACUAAAAUGGACAAGGUCGAAGAGACAAGGCAGCGGACGAAGGCCGAGAGUUCUUUGUUGAGCUUACAACAGCGACUUGCCUAUAAUAGUACAACUGGGUUUCAACCUACGAAUGAUGCCAGUUAUGGUAAAGAGAGGCAAAUGGUUGUUAGCAACCCAUUUCUGUCCCCCCCUUUGCCAUUUGGAGAGAAAGAAGUAUCUGUAAUUGCUAAUCCAUGGGAAAGAGAUGCUGAUGCUGGCAACCGGUUGUGUGUGCUUGAGACUUCUGUCCCUGCCACUGAGUCCAUAAAGGUUGGGCCUGUGGACUUGGAGACUAAUGAGAAAAAGGUUCUUCCUGGAAGGAGGCCUAUCGUGCAUUUCAAACUUAAAGUUGACAAGAAAUCUAUAGCAGCAUCAUUUUCUUCUGAUGCCUUGGAUGCUAAAAAUGAUUCUUGGCCUUUGAGGCAUGACGAGAAAGAUGACAAGAAAAGGAGAGCAGAGAUAAUUCUUAAAGAAGCUAUGGAGAAACCACAUGAUCUGGCUCAGCUGUAAAAUACAUUGUAGAGAGGAUUUCUGUGUCGAACUGUAACAGUAAUUAUUUGGCAUAUCAAAUUUGAUGGAACAUGCAACUUUUUCUUCCCAGUGGGUUGAGCAUGGUGAAAAAUCUUAGGUAUGUAACUUAUGUUGUCUAGAAGUCCUUUUUCCUUCACGCCUCUCUCUAAUUUUUUUCUAUAUUAAGAACAAAGUGCGAACCUUUUACCAGGGCUGGCAGUGAGACAAGUUGGCUUGUGUUUCGUCAAGAGCAACUUGAAUAUGGAUCAACUGCCCCCAAACCGUUGACCCAUUUAUAACUGAUUGAAAAAUGCUAAACCUUUAGGCUUCUUUCCUAUUUUUUAAUGAACAUUUAAUAGCCACACAAUGUGAAAUAAGAGUUUGAACUUAUCUAUGUUAAAUUUUAAAAUAAAAACGUCGGUUUUCUUUAUGUUUUUCAAUUGAAAAACAAUGAGAAGUGUUUAUGUUUUGUUUGUUUUCAAUUUUCAGAAAAUUCAUUUGGUGGUCACCAUUCAGUAAGCGAUGUUUAAAGAUAAAAGUAAAAGAUCCUAGGGGUAAGUACCAACCUAAAAAUGUUCAUUUUUUUGUCAUCAUUAUUAAAGAUAAUUAACAUUUGUUGAACACAUUGUAAAUACGGGCAAAAUUAUCACGACUUUUAUUAUUAGAUGAUAUGAAUUGCAUACAGAUAGGUAAGUCUUCGUACUAACACAAGAUUACUCUUUUGUGGACUAGGGACCAAAGUUUGAGUCAUAGAAAUUUCCUUGUCGUUUGUAACUAUAAGGUUAUGCAGAUUGACCCUCCUUAGAUUCCAUGUUAGUGGCCUCCUCAUACAUUGGUCACCCUUUAUAAACAUUAUAUCAACACGGGAGACAUUCUUGAUAUCUCAAAUUCUUGGUAUGGAAAGACAAUUGUCCUUGUCCAAGAGGUUCGACGAACAACCAUUCAUUCCCUUGAAUGGGGAUGUCCAAACAAUAGUGCAACUGAUUUACUCCUUCCCAUAGGAAAAUUAGAUUGAAUUUCUUAAUUUUCCAUGCACUCCAUGAAUUUCUUCCUUCAUAAAAAAAGGUUAGAUGGUCAGUCUGUAUUUUUUUCUUUCGAAGUUUCAUAAUUGAAAACUUUCAACUAAUUUCAGAAAACUUGCAAGCUAAAGCAAGUAUACCUAAUAUAUCCGUUUACAAGUAUUUAUAAGUUUCUAUUUUUGAUAGUGGAAGAACACAAAGAAUAAUGCUAAAUCUUGUCUUUUCUUAUUGUUUUCCUCAUGUGAAACUAUACAAGCCUAUUCUGGACCUGGCUGGUGUUGGUGCCCCCAACCAAGACAUUCAAAGGAUUGUAUUUUUGUAAUGCCCUCUUAAAUAUUAUUGUAAAUUCUUGUGUUGUUACUGGUUCUGACAAAUAAUCUAUUUGUCGAUUUUCUAAAAUUUAUUGGUGCACUAGUUCAGACAUAGGUUUUUGCAUGGAUAAUCGAGUAUCAUAUUCUACAUCCCUUAAGUUUCUGGUGGUAAAAAUGAUUCUCAAAUUAUAUGUUUUUGUUAGUAAAAGUGAUUCUCAAAUUGCCAAGAAAUGUGUAUAUUUUAGUUUCAUAUGUAUCAUGGUCGUUAGAUCUCAAUGACUGUAAAAGAUCUAUGUAACCGAUUCUAAAUAAUUGGGGCUUACGGUUUUGUUAUUUGUUGUGCAUCACGUGUAUUAUGAUUCUUUGGCAUUCUUGACAUAUUUACAAUCAAGGCCAUUGGACUUGCGUAGUCAUGUAAGAAUGCUAUAUUAUGAUUCUUUAGCAUUCUUGACAUAUUUACAAUCAAGGACAUCAGACUUACGUAGUCAUGCGAGGAUGUCAUAUUAGUGAAGAAUCCAUAUUUAUAGACAAUGUGUAUGAUCCUUAUUUCAUAUUGGAUUAGAUACUGUUAAAUCUGCCAAACACUUGUAUCCUAUUAGGUCAGAUCUUUUACACAACUCUAAUUGAUCCAUGCUUGUUAGUUAGUGCUUUAGUUGUCAAAUGAAGUUAUCAUAUUCAAUUAGCCAUUCAAGGGAUUGCAGGUGUUACUUAUUUACGUGUUGUCUAUCCUAUCUUAUUAGGUUGAAAUCCAUCUAAUGCCAUGGAGUUUUUGCUGCAUGGCUGAUACAUAAUGAUAAAAGUAAAAAAAAUCUUUGACUUAUUUCAUAAUAGGAUAACUGGUUGGUCUACUAGAAUUUGGGCUAAGAUUCUUGGUAGAGUCAAUUAUGGAUUCAAAAAUAUGUUCAUUGAGUGGCCUUACCAUAUGAAUUUAGGAUUGAUGUGGGAAUAUUAGUGAACUGCAUGUAGCAGCUAUAUGUUCAUGACAAGUUGACUCUUUACACAUUAUGAAAGAUAGUUAUUGCAGACACAAAAGUCUUCAAGGCGGUUACAGGUAAAUUGCCAUGCAAGUAGUUACAACUAUUAGAUCACAUUCUUGUAGAUUACAAUUGAAUCAAGACUCAGCUAUUGGCUAACUGUCAGAUCUGAAGUAGCAUGCCCAAUUUGAGCAAAUGCCUGUUACAUGCCAUUAUAUGAAGAGACUUCCUCAGGAAUAAGUGAAAUCUUUCCAAUCCCUUCAACUCUUGUUUAUUGUUUUCAUUUAGGUUUCGAUAUGCUCAUUCUCUCACCUUGGAGCUCACUAGAGAUUCUAAUUUGAGUGUUAGAUGAGGGUCCCACUGGGCAGCCCUCAGUGCCUUCUCUUCUUGCAGGAUCCUUUUUGAACAUGAACUUGGAGCAACAGAAGGAUACGAGAUUAUCUCAAGAAUAUUAGUAUUGGUUUGAUUCACCUUGCCAGUACACUUGCAUAUUAUUUACCUCAGCAAGGUUACCUAGGUUGGCUCUUGAUCCUACUUGGCACGAUGACUAAAUAUGAUCCCACAAAGGCUGCACUAUAUAUAUAUAUAUAUAUAUAUAUAUAUAUAUAUAUAUAUAUAUAUAUAUAUAUAUAUAUAUAUAUAUAUAUAAUAUUUGUGUUUUUCUCAUUUUAUGAACAUAAUUAUGUUGUUUUUCCCAUGAUAACUUCUGUAUUUAUUCUUGCUUUCUUGACAUUCAUUAUUUUUAAAGUUUUUUUGUUCCUUCAUGACAUGAACAAUAAUGGCUUGAAUGACGGGCAAGACUACUCUUCUCAGACUUCAUAUUAGCGAGAGAGACACACACUAGUCUGCCAUUUAUUUUCUUUUUUUAUAUUAUUUCCUGUAAGAUUUGAUGCCUUUUUUAACAACUAACUUGUUCAACAUCUUGCCUGUAUCAUUUUGUAGUGUUCUGAGAGUAAAGAAGAAAAGUCUUGUGUUCACUUUUGCUUUAUCUAAAAGAACCUUGAGUUGCCUUUUAAACUUUUUUCUGCUUUCCUUUUCUUUUGUAUUUUAUCAUUGUCUUCAAUUUUCCUGUAAUAAUGGGAUCCUAUAAUUGUGUAGACUCUAUUUUACAUUUUUACUUUACUUUUUCUGGACAACCUACAUUAUUGAAGGUUGUUUUACUUAAAUGUCAUUCUUUGUGAUAAUUCGAAUAUUGAACCUUAUUAGAGACGCUUUCUUCUGUCAUUUAGACUUUGGAUUUUGAUUUUGUAUGGUCUUUGGAAUCCUUUUGCUAUCAGCUUUUUGCAUGGUUCACUCAGCAUAUUUUCCUUGCACGUUGUUGCUACAGUCUAUUCUCUGAUAUGUAAAAUCUCUGAUUGUAGAGAGCCUUAUAUAUCCUUAAAAAAUAGUAUGGCUAUGGUUUGAUAUUGGGUUGUGUAACUUGGUUUAGAAUUGAACUCCGAUCAGUGUAAUUAUAGUUACUUUUAUCUUUCACAAUUAGAAUAUCUAACCACAGCAUAAUGUUUGUGGAUAUUUUUAUUUUUUUUCUAUUUGGGAAAUUAAUGAAUCGUAGAAGAAUUGAUGUAGAUAUACUAUUCUUAUGCUCCUAAAUUUUGUGGGCUCUUCUAAGAUAGCUAAGCACCUAGCGAUAACAAUGUUUUCUUAUUUCUUAGUGUAAAAAAAUUAGAGUUAUGAGCACUCUCGUCUAUCAUUUGAUAUGCUUUGAAGUAAUGAAUGUCACUGUGCCUUUUGUUAGAUGAAUUGACAAGGUCAUUUUUGACCUCCAUGUGCACCUCAGAACAUCCAUUGACAAGGUCCACCAAUCACGGCUAUGGUGUGCUUUCAAUAUGAUGACUGAAGUUAACUAGUCAAUUUUUAUGUCCUCGAGCUGGGGAUGGAUGGAAUUUAUGCUUGAGUACCAUCACAACUGAUUAUUAUCUGUAGCUAUCUGAAUUGAGAACAUUUGUAUUAUAUUUAAUAAGACAAUACAUGGUCUGUUGCAGCUUGAUUGUGACGGUUUCUAAAAAUUCUUUGCAAAAGCAAAGAACCUCAUGGUGGUAAUAUUUCGAUAUUGCAAUUUUGCAAGCUAACAUCAGUAUCUUUGAGUGUUUUCCUAUGGCUUGAUGAUUUUCUUAAAAUUCGCAUUGACACGAGGGGCAAGGACCUCCUGGUGCUAUAUGUAAUGGCAGAAAAUUGAUUCUUUGAAAGCUGUUUCUGAUACUCCGAAAUUGUUAUUUCUAGUGUGUAUUUCAGCAGCAUUACUGUUGUGAUCCAUGCAUUGCAGUACAGAAUGUUGAUCUAAUUACAUUAUUUUCAUGAGUUUUUAUGCAUGUGCCCGGAAUUACUCAUCAAAGUGGGUAAUUGCAAUCUGCCGUCAUGAGAACAGCUCUGCUUUUCUGGGAUGUUCAGGAAGGCCAGUGCCUGAAAGGUGCUUUUGUGUUUCCUUGGCGUCGAUUGGCGCUGCCGAUUGAUCGUGUUCAUGCUCUUUGGUUGAUUGCUCAAGCCAUCAAUGUGUUCAUAAUCAUUCCUUCAGAGGCUGCUGACACCCAUCAUGCUAGGGCUUGGAACGUACCCUAAACAGAGCAGAUUGUGGAAGGCUUAGAAGUGAAAGAUCUGGACAAGCUGAGAACCUCUUGUGAGAUGAAUAUUAGUUACCUCCCAACUAGAAUCUCUGUGUCUGCACACAUUUGUUUACCACUGUGAGCCCAAGUUGAGGUAGAAGCAUAUUGAAUGGAUAAGGAAUGGUUGGUUAGGUCAGAAAAAGAACAAAGAGAAGGACGUGGGGACGGAUGCAGUGAUAAUUUGAUGAUGCAUGAAUAUAUUUUUUACACACUGGAAAAACUAUUUUCUUACCUAAAGAUAUAUGAUAUUUCUAAAGCAUUAUUUUUCAUUCCUUUUAAAGAAUGUUUGCAUUCUUUUUUUUUGGGUUUCUACCACUGCUCCUUCUGUGGCAAUUGCUGUUGUUUAUCGAUCUUAAUUUUCUUGAAUUUAAUUGGAUCAGAUGUAAUCCUUCUAAAAGUUCUUACGCCAUCAAUUUAUACAAGAUGCAGUUUCUUGAUUCACCCCAUAAAUUAAUCCUCCAAUGAUUCUGUUUGGUGAUAUGUUGCUUUCGUUCUCCCUCAAUAAUACAGUGAGACAUGCUGUCCUGUCAAGAUGUCGAUCAUCAACCACGCAUGCAGAGUUAGUUGAUCUGUUACUUUCACUCUUCUUCAAUAAAUAGAGUCGCAUGUUUCCAUAGCGUGCGUGAAGGCAAUGGGCGCUACUGAGAUGGUGAGAGUCCACUGCUUCUUGUGCGUGACCCUCCUCAUUCUACUCUCUGCUGCUGCUGCUGCAGGUACUAUGGAUGUGGGUUAUGUCCAGCCAUCUAACACCACCAUGUUCGACGGCGUCGCUGGCGGCACUGAGUGGUUGGAUCCAGAGAUGGCGACGGCCCAGCACAUAGUCUACCGUGCCGUGGGGAAUGCCGACCGACCGGCGGCCACGGCUGCCAAGGGGAGGGCUUACACCCGUGGGUGUUCGGGUUCUACUUAUUGCAGGAAUCAAUAGCCACCCUUUAAAGUCUCUUCGUUUCCAUAGGAGUAUCAUGAUCCAUAGGAGUAUCAUGAUCGAUGUGUCGUCGCAGAACCUACUUUGCUUGUAUGACUUGAUGAUGGUAUCAUUUGGCUUGCUUAUCUUUUUCCUGUGUUUGUUGCUUCACUUCUCUGCGUGGAAAACAUUAACGUUUCGAUUUAUGAAACUUAAUUGUUCUUUUUCGAUUGA